UUCUAUCUUCUUCUUUCUUCUCUUUCAUUUUUCUCAUUGCUUAUCCAAAUUCACUUUCUUUUUUCUCCUCUCUUCCUUUACUCCACUCAUAUAUUUCACUUUGCCAUCUUAGUCUUCCCUUUCCUCUUCUCUCCAUUUCCUCUUCCUUUUCCUUUUCCAUUUCAUCUUAAUUUCUUCUACUUUCCUUCUUGCUUUUCUCUUGUUCUUUCCAUUCCUCUUCCUCUUCCUUUUCCUUUAAUAUGUUACUUGAAAUAAGUGCCACACGUGUUCAGCUUCAUCUUCUACCCGAUGCUCUGCCUCCCGAAAGCCCCCCAAAGUCGCCGACUCCCUCCUCCCUUGAAAACCCGGUGAGAUCUUGAUGAAAUUCCCUUCUUUCUUGUUCAAUAACAAGAUUUAGGACUUAGAACACUCUCCUAAACCCAGAAAUUUCCAAAUCUGCGCUGUCUUCUUCCCCUCUGUCCGCCGGCCUCUGCUGUGUGGGGUUGAGUUCGGUUUUCUAGUAAGGGGAUGGCCAUGGAUUCCUCUUUUUAGCUUUGAUUUGGCUUGGGUUACUCUAAUUUUUGUUUUUGGUUCUUGAAUUGUUGGUAGUCCGCGAGUUUCCCCCUCCAAUUUCCGUCAGCCCUUUUCCCUGCCAGGUCCGGUUCUGCUAGCUGGAAUUCUGGUAUGUUGACGGCCCCAUUAAGUUUGAAAUUACCCAUUUAAUUGCUGGAUUUUGUCCAUGUGGUGGCUGCUCUGUGUUGUCCGAAACUCUGCCGAAAAUAUGGAAGAAUUUGGCAGCUUUAAACUAUGUUUUUAAGCUUGGGUUAAGUAUAAAUUGCUUGAUUUGGCUGCUGUGAAUUUUCUGGAGCAAAUCCCAUGUCUUAGGUAUUGUUUUGCAAAAGACAAUUGAUUGUAUACAAGUCCUGUUCCUCCAUUUUUCUGUCUGUGGAAGUAGAAAUCCAAUUUGGGUUUUCCUAGUUGAUGGAUAAAUGUAAUUUAGGAGCUUUUGAGUGAAAUUAGGGAUUGAUCUAUUGAUUAGACUUGGGUUUAAGAGGGUUUGUGACCAUUUUGCUCAUAAGUUACAUUUACUGUUCAUGAGCACUGUUCACGAGCACUGUUCACGAGCACUGUUCACGCGUUGAAUUUUAAUUAAUUGGAGUGAAAGUCUCAUGGAAUACGUUAGUUAUGGCAUUGGAUUAAUUUUGGUCCAGUGGUGAUGUAUUAUUGAUUGGGGUUUUGUUUGGUUGUUGAGAACGUGAUGGGAAAAUGAAAAGAGAAAUGGUUA